AUGUCGAAGAACACGGUGUCGUCCGCCCGGUUCCGGAAGGUGGACGUGGAUGAGUACGACGAGAACAAGUUCGUGGACGAGGAAGAUGGGGGCGACGGGCAGGUUGGGCCCGACGAGGGCGAGGUGGACUCCUGCCUGCGGCAAUAUCCUUGCAUUUACCCCCCCCCCACACCUCCCCAUCCCUCCGCGCACCCCGCCCGCCCUUCUCCCGGGACCCCCUCGCUGCUGUGGGUGGAAGGGGCGGGCCCUCCUGGGGGAACGGGCGCAGCGCAGCUGCCCCAGCGGCGGGCGGCUGAAUCCUGUGUCUGGGGUCCCCCAUCCUGA